AUGGCACACGACGAGCGCCGGCCGUCGGCGUCGCGCUUCGCCGGCUUCACCUUCCACCUGCCCAACGUCUGGUCGCGCCAGCCGCACAACGGCUAUGCCGCCCUGCCGCGCGACGGCGACGGCGGCGACGAGGACCACAGCGCGGCGGCGGAGCAUGGCGCGGCGGUGGCAGAGCGCGAGGGCGCCAUGCAGCACGGCGCAGAGGCGACCGAUGAGUGGCGCCAGCUCAGCACCGUCGGCCGGUUGUGCGUGUAUGCGGCGUUCGGCACGCUCGGCGCCGCCGUGCUGCUGCCCUUCAACACGCUCAUCACGCCGUCGGAGUACUACCGCGCCCUGCUCGCCGGCUCGGCGUACGAGGCCAGCUUCAUGAGCUGGAUCGUGCUCACGUAUAACGCCGGCACGAUCAUCUUUGGCGCCCACGCCACCGCCACGCUCGAGAGCACGACGCCGCUGCGGCGCAUGCUGCGCUCCGGCAUCACCGUGCUCGCCGCUCUCGUCCUGCUGGCCGCCUACGUCUUCCUGCACCAGCUGGGCCCCAGCGUGCACGCCGGCGACGCGGCACCCAAGACGCCGCGCGCCGACGGACAGGCUGUAUUCCCGGCGCUGCUGGCAGUCGCGGCCGUCAUGGCUGCCGCCACGGCGUACCUGCAGAGUGCCGUCGUGGCACUCAGCUCUACGUUCGGCGCGCGGCCGAUGGGCCUGAUGCUCGCCGGCCAGGGCGUGGUGGGAGUAGUCGUCUCUCUCAUCCAGCUCUUCGCAACGCUGGCGGCCCAGGCUGAGGCCCGCUCCGCCGUAGCGCUGGGCCACAAGGUGCCCGACGCACGCCUCGAGGCGCGCGACUCGGCCGUCGUCUUCUUCACCUGGAGCGCCGUCUUCAUGCUGCUCAGUCUCGUCGUCAUCGUGCUCCUCUCGCGCUCGGCACUCUACCGUGCCGUCUCGGCGCGGCAGGCUCGGGCGCGAGAGCUGGUCUCGCCGGCCGGCGCGCCGCUGAGCGUCGGCAGCGACCCGCGCACGGCGGGCUGGGAGGAAGGCAAGGGCUUCGGACGCUACAUCCCGCACUCGAUGCGCGACGGCGCCGCUCGCAUCCGCAGUGUGCAGUCGCAGGUGAUUGCGAUGAGCGUGUGCAUUGCCUGGUGCUUCAUCGUCACGAUCGCCGUCUUUCCGUCGCUCAGCAGCCGCGUGCGGCCGUGGCCCACGGCGACGCCGCCCGAGGACGAGCCGAGGUGGCGCGACCCGCUCGUCUUCGUGGCGCUGCACUAUGUGCUCUUCAACGCCGGCGACCUCGUCGGACGCAUGCUGCCCACGCUGCUGCCGCGCCUCUUCCUCCUCGAGGCGCGCCGCGCCAUCAUCUUCUGGAGCGGCAUGCGCGAGGGCUUCCUCGGCCUCCUGCCGCUCUGCAACGUCUCGCACGCCGCCGCGGACACGCCGGGUCGUCGCGCAGUCGUGGCGGCCGUCGCUGUCGCGGCGACGGCGGGACGGGCGGCGCGCUUUGGCGACGCCACCUUCUUUGCGCUCAUGGUGCUCCUCGGCCUCUCCAACGGCGUGCUGAGCACGAGCAUCUUCAUCUCCGGCCCCAAGCGGCCCGGCGUCAAGGAGGACGAGCGUCCUCUUGCUGCGACGAUCAUCUCCUUCUGGCUCACCGUCGGCCUGGCGCUCGGCAGCGGCGCAAGCUUCCUCUGGGCCCGAUGA